CUCCUGAACAUAAUGGUAUUGCUGAGCGUCGACAUCGUCAUAUCGUUGACACCGGCCUCACGUUGCUUCAUUACUCUGGCAUGCCUAUUAAAUAUUGGCCUUAUGCCUUUCAAACCGCGGUCUACUUGAUUAACCGACUUCCUACACCAAUUCUCAAUAAUAGUACUCCAUAUCAAAAAUUGUUUGGUGUUGUUCCUAAUUACACCAAAUUGCGUCCGUUCGGUUGUCUAUGCUAUCCGUGGUUACGGCCUUAUUCCACCACCAAACUCCAACCCCGUUCUCAACCGUGUAUUUUUGUUGGAUAUUCCACCUCACAAUCUGCAUAUCUCUGCCUUGAACCUCGCUCUGGCCGUCUUUAUGUGUCUCGGCAUGUUCGGUUUAGUCAUACAAUAUUUCCUUUCCGUCACCCGGGGUCCAUCUCUGACGUCAUGCAUACCAUGCAUAAAUUAAAUGCGUCCUCCUCCUCACAUGACACCACCGAACGGCCUGGUCCAAGUCGCCCCUAUAUUCGGCAGAACAUCCCCCUACUUCGAUCCUAUACCCAUCACACACCAAAUUCUAUCUCCAAUCCCCCUAACCCACCGCCUCCAAUCUUAUCCCAACAAACUCUCCCUGACACUCAGCCCAAUUCAUCCAGCACAUCCGUAUCCACUCCACCCCAUAUUACCUCAUCAUUAUCCUCCCAGAAUAAUACUCCUCCAUCCCACGUGACACCAUACACCACCACUAACCCAUCCAAUCCCUCCAUCACAUCUCCCAACCUACCCAUACAGCCCCAAACUCGUCCUUUACGUAACCGCCAUCCUAAUCCAAAAUACAUUGGAGGCCCAUUCCUUAAUAAUACUCUGACUCACCCUAUACCCGUCCAACUUGAACCCACCAGUGUGAGAGCAGCACUCCGUGACCCGAAGUGGAAACAAGCCAUGGAAGAUGAAUAUGCGGCACUUCAACGUAAUUGUACCUGGGAACUAGUACCUCAUACUACUCAAAAACCCAUUUCAUGUAAAUGGCUUUUUCGGGUCAAACGACAUCCUGAUGGCUCUAUUGCGCGAUUCAAAGCGCGUCUUGUAGCUCGUGGCUAUCUUCAACAACCGGGACGUGAUUAUUUUGAAACGUUUAGCCCGGUUACUAAACCUGCCACAGUACGCAUUAUUCUCACUAUUGCCCUUGCACGGAAUUGGCCACUUCGUCAACUUGACGUUAAUAACGCCUUUCUCCAUGGCACACUAUCUGAGGAGGUAUUUAUGGUGCAACCGCCUGGCUUUGUCGAUUCUACACAUCCCAAGCAUAUUUGCCGACUCCGCAAAGCAUUAUAUGGCUUGAAACAGGCGCCCCGGGCUUGGUACCAGGAGCUCUCCAAUUUUUUGCUCUCCGUUGGUUUUAGAAAAUCUCGAGCGGAUACAUCCCUUUUUAUUUAUUCUCAUCAGGAUGUCACUCUAUAUUUUCUAGUGUAUGUCGAUGAUAUUGUUUUAACAGGUAACAGUCCACCAUCUCUGGAAAGAUUUGUGUCUCAACUCACUGCCCGUUUUUCGGUUAAGGAUUUGGGACCACUGCACCAUUUUCUGGGAGUUGAGGUAAUCCCUCAUGCGCAUGGAUUUUUUCUCACACAACGGCAAUACAUUAUUCAUGUCCUUGAGGAGUGUGGUAUGCUAGGAGCAAAAGAAGCAGAUACUCCUAUGAGCACCUCUGUUUCUUUGCAUGCUGAGCCAACUAAUGCCAUCACGGAUGCCACCCAAUUCAGGAGGUCCCUUGGUCUUCUUCAGUACUUAGCAUUUACCCGGCCAGAUAUCUCUUUUGCAGUCAACAAACUAUCUCAACACAUGCAUCAACCACAAACCGUGCACUGGCAGGCGGUCAAAAGAAUAUUGCGGUAUCUUAAAGGGACUCUAAACCAUGGGUUAGUUCUUCACAAAUCUGUCAACCUUCAUAUUUCUGCUUUCUCGGACUCAGAUUGGGGUAAUAUUUAUGAACAAGGAAGAUCCACCACUGCCUAUGUUCUCUACCUCGGACCGAAUGUUAUCUCCUGGAAAUCUGCAAAACAAAAAUGUGUGGCCCGUUCAUCUACUGAGGCGGAAUAUAGAGCUGUAGCUCAUGCUAGUGCGGAAUUGCUAUGGGUGCGUCAUCUUCUCUCUGAACUUCGAAUACCUAUUCCAGCAACACCAACCCUCUUCUGUGACAACCUUGGUGCCACAUAUGUUUGUGCUAAUCCCGUUUUUCACUCCCGCAUGAAACAUCUUGCUCUGGACUAUUUUUUUGUUCGGGAUCUCAUUGAACAGGGAAAAUUAAAUGUUCAGCAUAUAUCUACAAAACUACAGAUAGCAGAUGUCUUGACUAAACCACUGGGUCGAUCUCUAUUUUUUUUCUUCCGGUCCAAGCUGGGAGUUUCUGACGGCACCUCCAUCUUGCGGGGCGUAUUAAAGCAUAAUUAAUAUAAUUCAUUUAUGUAUUAUCGGCACUUAUUAUUGUUGUAUUUAUCUCUUAGUUAGUUGCUAUCCUUUCUGAUCUUAUCAUAUUGUUACGUAGAUAGAUGAAUUACCUCCACUGUAAUUGUAUAUAUAUGAGGUCUUCUCAUUUGAUAAUAUAAC